AUGGCAAAAAAUGAUGCGGUGAUACAAAGUCAAGUUGCCUCUCUUCGAAACUUAGAGUUGCAACUUGGACAUUUGGCCAAUGAAUUGAAAGCUAGGCCGCAAGGUUCUUUGCCUAGUGACACGGAGAAUCCAAGGAGGGAUGGGAAGGAGCAAUGCAAAUCCAUUCACUUGAGGAGUGGCAAGCAUCUAAAAAAUUCCGAGGAGGAAAUAAAGGGUAGUGGGGAGCCCACUUCAAUCCAAAACGACGAAAAAUUGAGUAAAAAAACUGCCCAGGAAAUUGCUGAUACCAGACCAGUUGAUACAGCAUCGGGUCAGCAAUCGGACGAUCGGCGCAAUCCGCACCCGCAUCUCCAUAUCAAUAUUCCCUUGGUGGAAGCAUUGGAGCAAAUGCCAAACAAUGUCAAGUUCUUAAAAGACAUUUUGACGAAGAAAAGGAGGUUGGGGGAGUUUGAAACUGUAGCUCUUACCGAAGGAUGCAGCGCCAUGCUGAAAAGUAAGAUUCCACCGAAGUUGAAGGAUCCGGGUAGUUUUACAAUCCCUUGUUCUAUUGGGGGGCGGGAUGUUGGAAGAGCUUUAUGUGAUUUGGGUGCAAGCAUCAACCUCAUGCCUAUGUCGAUCUUUAAGAAGUUGGGUAUUGGUGAAGCACGUCCUACAAUCGUUACAUUGCAACUUGCUGACAGGUCCAUGGCUCAUCCAGAAGGAAAAAUAGAAGAUGUUCUAGUACAGGUUGACAAGUUCAUUUUUCCAGCUGAUUUCAUCAUCCUAGACUAUGAAGCUGAUAGAGAUGUGCCUAUUAUCUUGGGUCGACCAUUCCUUGCUACUGGGAGAACUCUGAUUGAUGUGCAAAAUGGGGAGCUCACAAUGAGGGUGAAUGAUCAAAAAGUCACCUUUAAUGUGUUCAAUGCUAUGAGAUUUUCGGAUGAGAUAGAAGAGCGUUCCCGCAUAAGUGUAAUUGACUCGAUAGUGGCUGAAAAAUUUCACAAGGAAGCUUGGAGGGAUGAGAAAUUUAUAAGUUCUUUUGAUGAGCUUGAAGACUUGAGUGAAGAUGAAGACAACCAAGUUGCUUGGGUGGAGCCAUUGCAACCUAUUCCUAACUUCAAGAAGCCCUUUGAAUCUUUGGAGUUGAAGGAAAGUAAUUUUAAGCCUCCAAAACCCUCCAUCCAAGAACCACCGAAGUUGGAGUUGAAACCCUUGCCAAGCCAUCUGAAGUAUGCCUAUUUGGGGGAGAAUGACACGCCGCCGUUAUUAUAG